CUAGCGCUAAUCUCUUCAUGAUCACGAAAUGGCAAUUUUGAGGUAAUUUAUUUGGAUGGGCGGUGCGAAAUGGCGGCAAGCGGAAGAUAGGUACCUUACCUACCUUGAGAGCCCCAAGAUGGUGUCCACUGUGAGCCUUGCCAUGAUUGACUCUCCAAGUGAACAGGAGGUCAGGCUCUAGGCCAAGGCAGGGCAGACGCAAUUGCUUUGAGGGAAAAGCGCACUUUUGGUUUGUUGAGCCUCGCUGCGGCCCAUUUCACAGAAUCGACGACAUGAGCAUGCCGUGAAACGAGGAAUUUGUUGGCAUAUAAACAGCCAAUUUAACAACAUGAUUUUUUUUGGUCGAGCUCACUCAACAAACAGAAUACCUAAGCCUGCUCAUCAGCAUCUACCUCGAUUCUUACAAUGAGGGAUAGCCUCAAGUUUCUUUGUGAACUCCCAAUCUACCAGGAGGAACAGCCUUACCAGCUUGUGGGCUACGCUGACCAAGAGGCAACCCCACAGGGUGAGAAUUGUGUAUUUGAAGCAAAGGAGAUUGAUGUCCAAGACGCCCGGGAGCACCCAGUCACUCUCCAGACUCAUGGCUUUGCCUUCUUUCAGUUCAAGUCAGGUUGUGAACUAGCCGCCAGGCACUUCGAAACGGUUGGAGGGGACAACAGUAUACUCACCAAGUACCUCGAUGAAACCGUCGAGUUUGUCAGAAAGAUGUUCAAACCCGUGGAUAUUAUAUGUUUUGAUUGGAGGCUCCGUCGGCGGGACCCUACAACUGGCCCUGGAAUACCACCUCGUGAUCUCAAGGACAUCCGCAACUAUGCAUUACCAAGCGGAGAUGUGGUUCACUGCGACUACUCGGCAGACGGUGGUUUUGAUCGUCUCAAAAUUCAACUCCUUCCUGACGAGCUCGCCGAGUACAUGAAGAAAGGCCGCAAAGGAAUGAUUGUCAAGUAA